AUGAAGAAAGGAAAUUGCUCACGAGCGGAUGGCGCGAGUCUGAGCGUUAGGAUCAGCGGGGAAAUAUUUGUCGCCAAUUCUUCUGGCAGUCGAAGUCGGGAACGACGUAACCGACCGAGGGACACGACGGAGCGGGUCUUUCUGCCCGGCCGUACCGACGGACUACGGAAGAACAUUGAAACCACCAACGCAGCCCAGGAGACUAAGCCCCAUCGGGCCCAUCGAGGGAGUCCCCACAGCGAACUUGCGGAGUUGCCCUACCGACCUCAUAGCUCAUUCCCAGGCAAUCUGGACGGCUAUAACACCUCCGCGAUUUUCAUUGACACCUCGUGCAAUUGCUUCACGUUCCAAACCCAGUUGGCCGAUCGAUUUUACGAUGCGCAUGCACGAGGCCUCGAUCCCCUUCACAGUUAA